AACAUAAUGAACUAAAAUGGAUUAUGUUGAUAUCAACAGUCGUUUAAAUGUUUACUGUUUUUGUAAACAUUUUUGAGAAAACACGAAAUGCCACCAUUUAAACGUGAUACUCAUAGUUUCUAUAAAUGAUGUAAUUAUUUCAUUUCUUUAUACUUAAACAGUUCAAAUGUCAAGUCCUAAGCUUCGUAUGAUUACAGUAUUUGUCAUCAAUAUAAAGUUAAACUUAUUAUGCUGAUGUGCAAUGAUUGGCAUCAUUGCGUUUUCUAACUAAUUUGCAUGGUUAUAUAUUUUAUUUAAGCGUGUGGAAUAUUUUACAGAUUGUAGGGAAUUGUAAUUGCAAACUUUUCAUUUUAAUCUUGAGGCAAAGCAUGAAUUUUCCUUGUGUAUUCAUUCAUGUAUAUUUUUGAUUUAUUUACACAGACAUUCGCCAACUCUGUUUUCAAAGGUGCCAAAUUUUCUUGUGAUCGUUUUCGCCAUGCAUUGUUGAGAGACUUGCGGAAGAUGGAUGUUCAACAGCUGUAUCUUCAUCUAGGCUCAAAUGACAUUCUUACGAAUGAAGCGGUGUUUUACCGAGAUGUAGCUGACUUGUGCGAUUUGGUGCAUCAGGAGGCGCACAAUCGGUGUCCAGAAUGCAGGGUUGUUUGCUCCAACGAAGACGUUUUGCUGAGCCACUUCUGCAGUCGCCAUAUCAAGCAACCAGAGACUGAAAAAGAGAGUAAAAUUAAGCUGAUAGGCUCACCAAUGAUUGCAUCUGCUAAUCAUGAACUCAACGAAGUCAGCUCAAGGAAGUGGAAGGCAUGCUUGGAAAAUAGAAGUUUCCAUUAUGAAGGAACAUACAAACAUUUCCCACCCACCAUGUGGAUCAAGAUGUUUGGGCUGAUGAUUCUGGGUCGUAUGUGUGGACAAGGUGGUCUUCAUUACAUCAUGAUGCAGCUGUGUAUUCAACAACAUGUUAACCUGUCCCAGCGGAUGUUGAUGCUCUUAAAUGAUGUUGAGAACAAUCCAGGACCGGAGUAUUCGUGCAAAUGGAUAUCCUGCAAGGAAGACUUCCACUCCAUAGGACAGCAAGAUGCACAUAUCAUCUCUCAUGUGGUUCAAGAGAAAUGCUGUAGAUGGGGAGACUGUACCAAAGUCCUGAGCUUUAAUAGUCUUGAAAUCCAUGAACUUAAACAUCUCUAUGAUGUGAGUUUAGCACUGUGUAUGAACUGGUGUUGCUUCAUUUUCUGCAUAUCUUUAUCUCAGUCUUCUCUAGUUUUGAUGGUCAAAUACAUAUUGUCUGCCAGUUUUUUUCCCCCAAUACUGCCGUUCAUCGUUUGCUUGCAUCAAGAGUUUUAAAAGAAAUUAAAACUCAUUUGUUUAGUUAGAAUCUUAUGAAAGACUUAAAUGGCCAUGUUUAAUACAAUUGUAUAACAACAUAUACGAGCUAAAAAAAUAGUUGGAAUAAUUAAUGUGUAUAUGAACAUAACAAAUUUACUUAAAAUCAUAGGUCUUGUUUUUGUCUGCCACUAUAAGAACCAGAACAUAUUUCGGACAUUCGAGGAUUGACUUGCUGUGUUAGAGGAUCAUCAGGUGAUGGAAGAAACCAGGCUUUUUUCGACUCAAUGUUGAUGAAACCUGAUC